CAACAAGGACAAAUCGACCAGGUCUUUCCAAGUUGUCGGAGCACCAAUCCUACCAAUUCUCUCGUGGCUCUUGGCUCCCACACCUACCAUUUUCUCCACAUCAUUUUUUACAUUUCGGUAACUUCCAACUUUCUAGCAAAUCAUUUUACUACAGUCACAUCUUGAGAGAGUGCGGCUCCAAGCCACUUACACAACGAGGCUUAUCUACUUAACCUAAGUAAACUUGAACGAAACAACACGACAGUCUUUGCUUUAAUCGAAGGCUCUUAUAGACCAGGGAUUUGUACAUAUACCUACCAGCAACUUAAUCCUUCGAAUUGCACAGCUGGUACGGAAUACUGCUCCGUGGAUAGCUCAAUUCCUCGUUGCAAAGAAUAACCAGCGGACAGAAUAUAACUCCGCACCAACGGAAAAGGCGGAAAAAAAAAUUAAUAACGAAGCACGUCGCAUCAAUCCACUCUCCUCCCCCGUGCUGAAAAGAGGGAAAAGAGAGAAGAAGAAAAAAAUACGAAGCUUUUUGUUGUGCUGUAUGCUGAUCAGCAUCGACAAUGCUUAUUCUUUGUAUUUUGACUGUUUUCGAUUAAUCAUUUUCUGGUGUGCGGCGCAGUUGGCAUAAUGGAUGACACCACGAGUCUCGUAUCGGAUCUUCUCCAAAAGCUCGCCGAGCUCGAUAACAAGGUCAACGAAUAUCGCCAAGAUAUGGCCCAGGAAUUCCGUCGGUAUUCGCGUCAGCGACUACAAAACGUGCCAGGCCAUGUGUCUGCCAAAGUCGAAAAGCUGGUUGCCGAGCAAUUCCAAAACUACCCGGCCUUGAGUCCUGCUCUCGAUCACUAUGUUGGCUUGCAAUCGCAAUUCAAUACCGAUGCUACCGGUUUUACCAGUGCUACUAGUUUGGACGAAAAGCCAUGGUCAGCUAGACUGUUAUCGCCGCCACCGGCCUCCCCUCAGAGCCCAGGAACUCCCAUAGAAGAUGGCGCUCGAAGCCCGCACGAGCGAGAGCGCGAAUUCCAUGGCCUGUUUACACCGAGCUAUCUUCCCUUGCUUGAUGCUGUACAGCGACAUACUCCGACACCGCCUGUCUUACGUACCCAAGUACCUGAUGUUAAAGAGCCCAAUGAUAACCAAAAAAAACUUGUUGCACCGAUAAGCAAUGACGUAUCAUUACGGCCAGAUCCUGUUCGGCGCUAUACUUCAGAUACCGUUUCUUCGAGUACUUCAGAUGAUAGUGCGACGCGACCGAGAAGCGCCCUCCGCCGCUCAUCUGGUUCUUCCACCAAAAACCAGAGUCCGAGGCGAGUACGAUUCGAUGUAGAAGGCAAAGAGGUCCUUCCCACCUCUUCGCCUCCAAUGUCACCUCGAAUGACCGACCUUCCGUCCUCUUCAUUAGGCAACCCCACUAAUCUUCCAGAUGACUCAUACAAUGCGAUUAGUAUUAACGAGGAAACCGAGAUGCUAGGUAGCUCUCCGCCAAUGCCGAAGAAGAUUACUUCGACUGAGCGUCUUAAGGCCCUAGCGCGGAGUUCCACUGAGGACACCUCAAAAUGGGAAGUUGUUGGUAGCCUGGACGCUAUGGAUGAUGACGAGGAAAACGAAUUAGUCAUGGCCGGUCUAAACGGACGAAAAGAGAAUGGUACACUUCACAGUACAGUUGAGCACGUAAAUUCUGUUUCUACAGCGCACCGUAUAAAUGAUGCACGUCUCCCAACUCAAUUAGGCUCGCCGUUACCGAUAGUGGAGGAAACAAGCGAAGACGACCUUGGCGACGAGGCUGAAGAUAUGGACGAUGUUCUUAUGAUGCCACCGUUGAGCUCCUUCAAGAAUAAGAAACAUUUCUCCCCGCCGCUUGAGACAAUGGCGGAACCGGAAUUAAACGUUCACGAGUCGCAACGGACUGACCAAAAAAGCAAUAACAAACAAACGGAACCAGCUAAACAUAUCGAAGAGCCAGUGCUUGAAGAGGAAGACCUAUUUGAAUUUGAGAGCAGUCGCGAAGGCGAGCCGGUUACGAAAUAUAUCGAUGAAGACGAGGACGAGGACGAGGGCGAGGGCGAAGAUGACGAUGCCGGCGUGACUCCUAUAGCUGACAAUCCAGUCUUAUAUUCCACAUCCCCCGCAAUUCCGGUUACGAAACCCGCUGCAUCAGCAGCAGCACCAACCCCUCCGUCUCCUCCUCAUCUGGCCGCAUCGGUGGGAUCAUAUCGUGGAAAGCCGUUUUCGAUUGGGGUUGUUCGUGAUCCAGAACUGUAUAAAAAGGCUGCCGAGAUGGGCGACUUCUAUACAUUCGUCGGCAGUGUUGACGGGCGAAGCGGCGUUGACGAAACAAGCAGUUAUAGGCCAGAAUUGACUUACUUUAAUGGUACACCGAGAAGUCUCAGCGAGCGCCUGAUGAAAGAGGACUUGGACGAAGAGCGUCGAAAGACAAAUACAAAUGAUACCAAUUAGGCUUACCUCUAAUGCUUAAAAAUCCAUCCUUGAACAUAUUGUCAUCUUCGAAUAUAUACGCAAGAAUCUGCAAACGAAAUUAUAGCUGCCACAACAUCGGUAUUAUAUCCACUCUUGUUUUAGAAUUUCUAGCUGCGUUGUAUGCCUAUCUGUUUAGCAUUCGGGCUUACGCGGAUAUCAGAGUUUGGUGGAGAUUUAUCUUGUUCCGCCAUGUACAUAGUAGGGGGUGUGGGGCGUGGGAAGCGAAUCGGUGGGAAGCCGGGUUGCAUUUGGACCGGACAUGCGGGAAGGUUCUGUUUUCCGCUUUGCACCCGGAAAUCUGGAAAGGCCAGGUCUGAGGGAGUUGUCGGUUUUGUGAAGCCUCCUCGCGGCAUCAUCCGCUAGUUGACGAACGUGAUGGCGGUUCGUUGUAAAUCAGCCAUAUUUACAAGCUUGAGACUAGGAAGAUCUGCUUUGAAAUACCGUCAAGCGGGGAGGAACUGAUAAGUUAUCAAAUAUUUGAUAGCAGACUAACCUACAAUAAUGUCAAUAUGAGUUUGCUUAUCAAUGAUAUUGCUCGUAAGGAACAUUAGUAUUGUAGCAUAAAAAGUGAGGCUGAGCUAUUUCUGGAACAGAAGCUAUUCCAUAGGUAUUCCUACAUUGUGUAUGUAUUUCUG